UACUCGAUCUGUAACGUUGAUUGGUGAGUAGUGGGGGUGCAGAGUGCGGGCGGAGCAAUCUUCUUAGUACAGAGUAUCUGUCGGAGGGAUCUGGCCGCAUACCUCUGUAAACAACAUCCAAUGGUCGCGGUAAGUGGGUUUCGAAGUGGACAUUCAGCCUUUUAAUGGACUCUUUAAAUGACUCUUUGUGUCUUCAGGACUUGGUGGGGAGUCUACCACCACAAUCACAUCACGAGACUACUAUGGCAUCUCAUAUGGGACCCUUAGUGGGACCCGUUCCGGUCCCAGCCCAGCCGCUAACAGUCUGUUCCUCUUUACAUGCAAUGACCCAUCACAGACUGGACAACAAUACAGUCGUCAAUAUGCAUGGGCCGCCCUCUAUUAACUCUGCUAGUGACCACCAUAAAAAACGAGCGGAUACCAAUCAUCAUCAUCACCCGUCCGGCGAUAAAAUCAGAGGAGGCGGCAAUGCGGACGCUGGCGGCGAAAGUGGAGAGAAUUCAGGUGGUGAUGAUGGUGACCCAAAGAAAAAGAAGAGACAAAGAAGACAAAGAACCCAUUUCACGAGUCAACAACUUCAGGAACUGGAGGCAACGUUUGCGAGAAAUAGGUAUCCAGAUAUGUCCACGCGAGAAGAAAUAGCGAUGUGGACUAACCUAACAGAAGCUAGAGUUAGGGUGUGGUUUAAAAAUAGAAGAGCUAAAUGGCGGAAAAGAGAAAGAAAUGCCGCUGCUGAGUUGAAAAACGGUUUCGGCAGUCAGUUCAAUGGACUCAUGCAGCCAUUUGAUGACGGCCUAUAUCCUGGUUACUCUUCCGGUUACAACUGGGCAGCUAAAGUGCCCAGUCCUUUGGGUGGUAAGAGCUUUCCUUGGCCUUCCCUCAAUUCCGUCAAUCCUCUUGGACAAUGUUUCAAUCCAUCAACUCCACCCGGAAUAUCUACAGCCAGCAUUGUACCAUCCGUUAGUAUGAAUCCAGGCGUCAGUAGUGCUGGUGCUCCUUGUCCUUACGCCACGCCCACACCUCCCUAUGUGUACAGAGAACAAUGUCCCACUAUGACAUCCAGCAUAGCAUCUCUGAGACUGAAAGCCAAACAGCAUACAGCUGCUGGCUUUGGGACAUAUGCUGGUAGUGUUUCUCCAAGACAAACGCCCACUUUGUCCCCGUGUCAAUAUGCGGCUGUAGACAGAUCAACUGUAUAGUACUUAUUCAUAAACGAUUUUAAAAUUUUACCAUUUAUAAGUGAAUUUGUAAAGAGCAAAUCAGCAACUGAGUAAGCAAUCACGUGACAAGGAUAUUCUGACUUGUAUAUAAACCAAGAAUUGAACGAAAGAUUGGGACCACGCGCCAUAAGUUUGUGGCUUUGUAAUCAUGUGGUAAUGCGUCUAAUGAUUCGGCAAGGUUAUGGAUUUCUGAAUUUGUUAAAUCUAGCACUGGACUAGUCAAAAAGAGCUGCUUAUUGGGUUCAACUCAUUUGUACAAUUAAAAAAAAAGAAUUACGGAAAUAUGAUUGUUAAUUAUUUUGUUAAAUUAUUCUCUGUCAGUUUUCCAAAUAUUUAAGAAGGGAAGACAUUUCUUUUAGAAGUUUCAUCAAAAAAAAAUUUAAAAAAAUGGUACUAUAUACAUCUAUUAAGGAGACUAUUAAGUCGUCAAUUAAAAAACGGUAAAUUCAACUGCUCUUCUCCCCUUUUUCAAUUUUUGUUAUUUUUUAUUCAAAUAAAUAAAAACAAAUUAAAAUAAAUAAAUAAAUAAAAUAGCUGAUGAAUUUACUUGCAAUGGCAAAAUGGAUAUGUACCCAGAAAAUAAUUAUUAAAAUAAAAUUGUAAUUUUAAUUACAAAUGGACUACAUCAAACCAUUUGCGUCUUUUUUUAAACUCAUAAUUUUAAUUUCGACAAAAAGGAAACUUAGCAAAAGUUUCUUUUAAGUUAUUGAUUUUGAACUGUUUAAAAAUGAAAUCACAAAUUUUACUGAAAGUUUACAUAAAUUAUUUCAAUUACAAAUACAGUGGAUCUCAUAAUUGAAAAUAUACAACUCCACGUUUUAUUGAUAGAAACAAAUCAUGAGAAUUGAACUAACAUAGUGUAAAACAUAAAAUAAAUUAAUAACUAGUAAAAUAUAUGCUAAAUUUGGCACUUGAAUGGAAAAAAAAGUUGUGCCUAAUUGUUUUUGAAU